CACUGUCACUGGGCUUUACAACUGAGUUGGGUGUAUAUACAGUCCCUCCUUUCUCUUGCCUCAUUCUUUCCUCUGAAGACAAUGAAGUUAACAGCACCAUGUGUGUUUGGGAGCCUACUGGCCUUUUUGAGUCUAUCUUGGAUCAAAGCAGAUGAGGAGGUCGUCCUGAAGGGUCAAGGAUUUGGGCCCUGUGUCGCAACUUUACGACCUGAGAGAGCGUGCUCGCCUGGACAGCAUGACGCCACGUGCCCUUACCUGCUCCAUCUGCCACCACUGACGGUUCAUUUGCCACAACAGUUCCAAGAGCUGGAGAAGAUCAUGCAGGACCUGCAGAAACUAAAGGAGAGCGUGGACGAACUGAGAGAGAUGUGUGCGAACUGUACAGUAAGCCAAACUGGGGGAGAGUGUGGGAGACAAAGUGGUGAACAUGAGAAGAUGACUGCAGGUAAGGGAACACGUGAGGAUGAGAGGACCUGGGUGCGUGUGAUACUUGAGAAAAAUGAUGGAGAUUUCAGAGAAGACUGUGAAAAAGACAAGAAAACAAAAAAGACAUAUGAGGAUAACACAGACGACUGGUUGGUUCAGGAAGGGAUGGAAGAUAAAAAAUUAGAAGCAGACAAAACUAAAAACAAAAAAGAAAUAGCAGAAAAGGAAACAAAAGAAAUUAUGUUAAAAAACAACAAAAAAACAAAGACAGGAAAAGCUAAACCUUUUGAUGAGACACAAAUGUCCACUGCAGACCCAAAUGGGAGUGCAGCUGAUUUGACGACAGAAAAAGUAGCUGAGAAAAAUCACUCAGAGCCAGAAAGAAAUAAGGAAGAUUCAACCAAAGAGGAUACAAGAAUAUAUCCUACAGAAUCAAGGCAGAGUGAAGAAGAGAAAUACAUACAGAAAUACACAAAAACUAAGGAAACUGAUGGAAUAUUUGUAUCUGCGAACCAGGAAUAUGGGGAAGAGACAAAGAAGACCUUGGGGGAUGGAGUGAAAGUGAACAGAAAUAAUGAGAAACCAGAACAGACUGAGCUCACAGAAAACGAGAGGACUAUAAAAGAAAUGGGCUCGGAUGAAAAAAGCAGGGCAAUUGGGAAAGAAAUCAAAACAGAGAGAGUGAACGGCGACGGGGAUGGAGAAUUGUCCUCCAGCAAAACAACUAAAAGAGCAGACUUUGUUUCUAUUAGUCCAACUCCCCAAUUCAAAAUGAGAACAGCUUCAAGGGUGGACUCGAUAGACUCAAGGAAAGUAAGAACUUUUACAUCAUCUCUUCCAUUGCCUUCUUUUCCCAUUUCCCCAUUAAGCUCAAUCACAGAUGUCAGUCAAAGCACAGCAGCUGGUCGUGGACCAACCCAAAGUACAGGCCCUUACACAGCUGGUGUUCCAGGGCCCCGAAGCUUUGAUGCAGAUUUGAGUACAGAUACCUUAGCAACAACCACAGUGGGUGGUCCAGGACUGCAGACCGUACCUAACUCAGCAUCCACAAGGAAACUUGAGGGACAACUCCAGGGCACCUCUACUACAACUCCAACAACAAUCCAUCAGACACCAUACAUGACUACAUCACCAAGAGUUGAAGAUGACAGCCACUGGAAAUCUAAGACUACUGGCAGGCGACCUCAGCCUGAACAAGAUAUGCACGCAGAUAAAAAGCCUCCACUUGGAACUAAGCCUGAAGCAAAGAAAAAACUAAAAAAUCCCCUAAAUAAACCUGGCCAAACUCUAUUUCCUGUCAAAAAGAGUCCACCCCAUCAAAAGGAAAAACCUUCACAACAAAAACCCAAAGCAAACAAAGCUAAACCUGACAGAGACUCAAUACAGCCCAAAAAUGUCAAACCUGUUCAAAAACGUUUUCCUGGUAUUUCAAAACCAAAUACCAAACCAAACCAAAAGAAAAAUUCAUUAGAUACACACAAACAGGGUCAAACCCCUGACCAAGAUGAAAUCACUUCUCAGUCAAUAACAUUUCCUUUAAAAUCACCACCUGCUGUCCUGAAACCUACAACUCACAGGCCUCAGAUUGUAAACACAACUUUGUCUGAUGAGCUUUCUUCAAAAACUGGUGGUUUAACGCCAAAACAAGAGGAAAAUCAUCCAAUUAAAUCAAAUAUAUUAUCUAAUGAAAAUCCUCUGCCUGGGUCUAAUUCCAAUUCUGAAUCAAAAUAUAAAGAAAAUGUAUCUGAACAAGAUCAUAUAACACCUGAACAGGAUGUUGAAUCAGACCUGAAGAUCCCAACAGGUCAUCUAAACCAAGAACCUAAACAUGAGCUGGAAUCUAAUUCCAAUCAAAAGGCUACAGUAAGACCUGAUGAAAAGCAUAACAUUGAGAUAAUUAAAGAAUUUAAGGAAAACAAAUUUUUAGAGACAAAUCCAGGACCCAACCAAAAUAACACGUGGCCCACUAAAAAGCCUACACUCAGCAGAAACUUCUCGAAAAUGAACCAGACUUCUAAACUUGAUCAAGCACCAAAGCAAAAUCCAAAAUUUAAAAAAACAGGGACAGGCUUGAAUAUAAACCCAAAUAAAAAACCCAAACCAGGACAACCACCACAAAAUAACCUAAAACCUAAAGCUCCCAGACCUGGACUAAAGCCUCAUCCAGGAUUUACACCUGUCCAGGACAAAUUCCACAAAGCACAGUCCAACAGAACCACAAAACCAAGGCCCCCUUAUCGAUUUAGACCUCCAACCAGACCUUCAUUGGAACCACCAGCAGAAACAAUUCAAAAGCCAAAUCCAGAAGUUCAACCACAGCCAGAGUUAACAAUGAAAUCAGGUGCAAAUCCAACUCAAUCCAGCAGGAAUUAUGAAACAAUGCAACCUACUUUUGGUUUUGUAAAAAGGAUAACAGAAGAUACUCAUACUCCACUGGACAAAAGUUCCAAUGUCAGUUUCAAGAAAACCACCACUGAACAACCAAAUAAUCCAAUAUAUUCAAGAGAAAGAUUUGAUGACAAGCUUUUGCUUGAGCCUAAAUCCAACCUAUACUCAACAUCUGAAGAAGAGAAAAGACAUCAACUGGUUACAUCAACAGCUGAUUGGGACAUGAAACCAACACAGAAGACCUCAACAGUUCAUCAAAACCCUAAGAAAAUCAAAGAGCUGGAAUCUGCAGAUGCUCCAACACCCACACCAAAACAUUUGGAAGAAAUAAAGGACGUUUCUGGUGAUAAUCCUCUUCAUGAACCAAAGUCCAAAGAAGAAUCAAAAACCAAACUGACUACAACCUCUGUUCAAACUACUGCAUGGCCCACUAAAAGGCCUACAAUCAGCAGAAACUUCUCGAAAAUGAACCAGACUUCUAAACUUGAUCAAGCACCAAAGCAAAAUCCAAAAUUUAAAAAACCAGGGACAGGCUUGAAUAUAAACCCAAAUAAAAAACCCAAACUGGGACAACCAUCACAAACUAAUCCAAAACUUAAAGCUCCCAGACCUGGACUAAAGCCUCAUCCAGGAUAUACUCCUUUUUGGGACAAAAUCAACAAAGCACAGUCCAACAGAACCACAAAACCAAGGCCCCCUUAUCGAUUUAGACCUCCAACCAGACUUACAUUGGAACCACCAGCAGAAACAAUUCAUAAACCAAAUCCAGAAGUUCAACCACAGCCAAAGUUAACAAUGAAAUCAGUUCCAAAUCCAACUCAAUCCAGCAGGAAUUAUGGAACUAUGCAACCUACUUUUGGUUUUGUAAAAGAGAUAACAGAAGAUACUCAUACUCCAAUGGACAAAAGUUCCAAUGUCAGUUUCAAGAAAACCACCACUGAACAACCAAAUAAUCCAAUAUAUUCAAGAGAAAGAUUUGAUGACAAGCUUUUGCUUGAGCCUAAAUCCAACCUAUUCUCAACAUCUGAAGAAGAGAAAAGACAUCAACUGGUGACAUCAACAGCUGAUUGGGACAUGAAACCAACACAGAAGACCUCAACAGUUCAUCAAAACCCUAAGAAAAUCAAAGAGUUGGAAUCUGCAGAUGCUCCAACACCCACACCAAAACAUUUGGAAGAAAUAAAGGACGUUUCUGGUGAUAAUCCUCUUCAUGAACCAAAGUCCAAAGAAGAAUCAAAAACCAAACUGACUACAACCUCUGUUCCAACUACUGCAUGGCCCACUAAAAGGCCUACACUCAGCAGAAACUUCUCGAAAAUGAACCAGACUUCUAAACUUGAUCAAGCACCAAAGCAAAAUCCAAAAUUUAAAAAACCUGGGACAGGCUUGAAUAUAAACCCAAAUAAAAAACCCAAACCAGGACAACCAUCACAAACUAAUCCAAAACUUAAAGCUCCCAGACCUGGACUAAAGCCUCAUCCAGGAUUUACACCUGUCCAGGACAAAUUCCACAAAGCACAGUCCAACAGAACCACAAAACCAAGGCCCCCUUAUCGAUUUAGACCUCCAACCAGACCUACAUUGGAACCACCAGCAGAAACAAUUCAAAAGCCAAAUCCAGAAGUUCAACCACAGCCAGAGUUAACAAUGAAAUCAGUUCCAAAUCCAACUCAAUCCAGCAGGAAUUAUGAAACAAUGCAACCUACUUUUGGUUUUGUAAAAAGGAUAACAGAAGAUACUCAUACUCCAAUGGACAAAAGUUCCAAUGUCAGUUUCAAGAAAACCACCACUGAACAACCAAAUAAUCCAAUAUAUUCAGGAGAAAGAUUUGAUGACAAGCUUUUGCUUGAGCCUAAAUCCAACCUAUACUCAACAUCUGAAGAAGAGAAAAGACAUCAACUGGUGACAUCAACAGCUGAUUGGGACAUGAAACCAACACAGAAGACCUCAACAGUUCAUCAAAACCCUAAGAAAAUCAAAGAGUUGGAAUCUGCAGAUGCUCCAACACCCACACCAAAACAUUUGGAAGAAAUAAAGGACGUUUCUGGUGAUAAUCCUCUACAUGAAACAAAGUCCAAAGACGAAUCAAAAACCAAACUGACUACAACCUCUGUUCAAACUACUGCAUGGCCCACUAAAAGGCCUACACUUAGCAGAAACUUCUCUAAAAUGAACCAGACUUCUAAACUUGAUCAAGCACCAAAGCAAAAUCCAAAAUUUAAAAAACCAGGGACAGGCUUGAAUAUAAACCCAAAUAAAAAACCCAAACCAGGACAACCAUCACAAACUAAUCCAAAACUUAAAGCUCCCAGACCUGGCCUAAAGCCUCUUCCAGGAUUUACUGCUUUUUGGGACAAAAUCAACAAAGCACAGUCCAACAGAACAUCACAACAAAGGCCUCUAUAUCGAUUCAGACCUUCAACCAGACCAACAUUGGAACCGCCAGCGGAAACCAACAAAAGGGUAAACCCAGAAGUUCAACCAAAGCCAAAUGAGGCAAACAAAACAACUCCAACUCAUAUUAGCUGGACCUCUUCUGAUGCCUUGCAAAAUACCAAUACCAAUAUUAUCUCAAGCACUAUUUCAGGAUCCACACCACCUAGUGGAGUACCUAAAUUUGACUCCACCUCAAAAAUAGCUGUCAGUGUGGAGAAAAGCACACUUGCAACCACAGUCCCUUACUCCAGUUCCAAAACUACCUUAACGAUCAGCCCUGACUUCAGGUCAGUGACCACUGCCACCUCUGGCUUUGACCCCCAGACCUCUGCUGACAGCACACUAGAGUUGCGUGUGAAGAUAAACCAGGUGGCGGCUUUUCCUUUUAACAGCCAGAGUCCAAACAGGAGGCCAGCAGACGAGCAUCCAAGGCAGAUCCCCAGAGGCACAGACAGAGACAAGACCUACAGACAACCAGAUAGAUUUCCGUUUCCAGCAAGGAGAGACUGCGCAGAACUCCUCAUGUUAGGGAACAAACACAGUGGAAUUUACCGUGUGUCCCCCAACCACCGCCACGCAAGCUUCAAUGUUUUCUGUGACAUGGAGCAGGAAGGUGGAGGAUGGACUGUUCUGCAGCGUCGAAUGGACGGGAGCGUGAGCUUCAACCGCACCUGGGCGGAGUACCGGUCCGGCUUUGGAGAGCUGAGUGGAGAGUUCUGGCUGGGCAACAAUAUGAUCCAUCUGCUGACCCAUGACAGGGACAUGGUGCUUCGGGUGGAGCUGGAGGACUUCAAUGGUGUGAGGGAGCAUGCGCAGUACGCGCACUUCAGCGUUGCUGGUGAGCAGCUGCAGUACAGACUGACGGUGGGCGGUUACACAGGCACCGCAGGUGAUGCUCUGCUCUUCAGCAGAAUGUACAACCACAACAAUAAGGCCUUCACCACCCCGGAUAAGGAUAACGACCGCUACCCCUCCGGGAAUUGUGGAGCCUACUAUAGCUCCGGCUGGUGGUUUGAUGCCUGUAUGGCUGCAAACCUCAACGGGAGAUAUUAUGCGGGACCUUAUAAAGGAUUGCGUGAUGGGAUUUUCUGGGGCACAUGGCCCAACAUAUCCAGAGAGUAUUACCCCACUAAUGACAGGCAUUCUUUUAAAAAUGUUAGAAUGAUGAUCAGACCUGUGGGUUUUCUGCCACCUUAAGUAGUAAAGAGGCUUUAAAAACUCAAACUGGUCUCAAAUCAAAUACUCAUAUUCAUCUGAAUUAACAGUUCCAAAUUGUUUAUCAUUUUAGCACAAUACUGUCAUCUUGUGGUGAUGCAUUUUUCAGAACAGUUUUGUUUAUCAAGAUGUGAAUGGUUGAAAUGGCUUUGUAUUUUUGACAGUUCUAUUAGAAUAAAAUAAGCUAUAUUUUAAAAGAUACAAUUAUGGCAACGUUCUCUCAAUUGUUAAAUAAAAAAAUCUAGGUCUGAACAUGA